AUGGCACAGAGGUAUGAAGAGUACCUGCUUGAGACUAGUUUUGUUACCAUGAAUCCUGACAAGCAAUUCGAAUUGAUUACGAGAGGCUUACAAGAAGUCUUGAAUCCUCAGAUAAUCAAAGAUGUUCUAGAGAAAGAGAAGCGCCCUCUCAAGGUUUAUUGGGGUACGGCUCCAACGGGCAAACCUCACUGUGGCUACUUCGUUCCAAUGGUCAAAUUGGGCCAUUUCUUGAAAGCAGGCUGUGAAGUGACAGUUUUGAUUGCCGACUUACAUGCUUAUUUGGAUAAUAUGAAAGCUCCGUUAGAAGUCGUCCAGCAUCGCGCCAAAUACUACGAAUAUGUGAUAAAAGCCAUCUUAAAGUCGAUCAAUGUGCCUAUUGAGAAGUUGAAGUUCGUUGUCGGUUCCUCUUACCAAUUGAGCGGUGAUUACACAAUGGACAUUUUCAAAUUGUCAAAUAAAGUUUCACAGAACGACGCUAAGAGGGCAGGAGCUGACGUGGUGAAGCAGGUGGCAAACCCGUUACUCUCUGGAUUGAUUUAUCCUUUGAUGCAAGCGCUAGAUGAGCACUAUUUAGACGUUGAUGCACAAUUUGGUGGUGUGGACCAACGCAAAAUCUUCGUCCUCGCUGAAGAGAAUUUGAAUGGUAUUGGCUACAAGAAAAGAGCGCAUUUGAUGAACCCGAUGGUUCCAGGUCUAGGACAGGGGGGCAAAAUGAGUGCUUCAGAUCCAAAUUCAAAGAUUGACAUCAUCGAGGAUCCAAAGGUUGUAAAGAAGAAAAUAGGUGCAGCUUUCUGUGCUCCAGGUGACCCUGAAAAUGGCUUGAUUGCAUUCGUUAAGAACGUCAUACAGCCUAUCCAUGAGCUCAAGACGGAUGUUCAAGGCUCCUUCAGUUUCCACAUUGAUAGACCUGAGAAGUAUGGCGGCCCCAUUCAUUAUGAAAGUUUGGAGGAGCUCACAACAGCUUUUGUAAAUGGUGACCUCUCACCAGUGGAUUUGAAGGCAGGUGUUAGCGAUAAAAUUAAUGAGUUGUUAAAGCCAAUUAGAGAAACUUACGACGCUAGUACAGAGUUUCAAAAGGCAGCCGCUGAUGGUUACCCAGUUGAGGUCAAGGAGAAGAAGGUGAAAAAGGUUAAAAACAAAGGUACUAGAUAUCCUGGUAGCGGCACCGGUGUAAAGCAAGCUGCUGAGGCAGACUCCCUUUCUGCUUUGAUCAAAAGAAACUCGCUUUACGUCGCAACCAUCUUUGGAGGAGCGUUUGCUUUCCAAGCUUUUUUUGACUCUGCCGUUACUAGAUGGUAUGAAAACCACAACAAAGGUAAGUUGUGGAAGGAUGUGAAACCAAAAUUCCUCGAGGGUGGUGACGACGAUGAUGAUGAUGACGAGUAA